AUGCAGUCAGACGAUGCGUCCGGCUUCAGAUCGUCUCCUGUCCCCGUGGUUCCCGCUAUGGACUCGACCGCUUGGCGCCUGCAUUCCAAGAGUCGGGUGCAUAAUAUUUUCAAACGUGCGUCUGUUUUCCCACUAAGGCAAUCCAUGACAUCUAUGGUAUCCCCUGCUAAGCGCCAGCGCUUUGCUCGUCUUAGCAUCAAUGCACGAGAACGGCGACGUAUGCACGACUUAAACGACGCACUGGAUGACUUACGUUCUGUGAUUCCUUACGCACACAGCCCAUCCGUCAGAAAGCUAUCGAAAAUAGCAACUUUACUUUUGGCAAAGAAUUACAUUCUCAUGCAAGCCGAUGCAAUUCAAGAGCUGCACAACAUUCUACUGUGUUUAAAUUCUCAAUCUGUUCAGACAGAAGAUCAGAGUGCGGUGGAGUUAGUACUGAAGACACAGGAAUAAUUGCAACCUCUCAAGUACGCGGUCGUGUUAUCAUUUAAGCCACCACUCACGGAUUCACUUCCAAUGUCUUCAAAUUUACUACUCUAUCCCAUGGAUCCGCGUCAUUUCCUCAAUCACUCAAUCUGUGUGCAUUUACUUUCUUCUUGACUGCAAGCGUCUCUCUGCCCGAGCCCUUGAUUUAUAGGAUCGACACGAGCCUGGCGUUCCUCAGUUGCACCUCCUCAGGCGAUAAACGCUUUGUUUCUGUGCCAUUGCGAACCGUUUUGCAAACACUCCAUUGUAUUAUCAUUUUCCCCCUCCAUCAUGUGAUCUAGUUCUCAUCCGGUCUUAUUUCUGAAAUCUGCGUACUGUAUCGCAUGGAUGUGAUAUGGUUCUAUGCGAUCGAAACUGUGACAAUGGCAAGAAUAUA